AUGGUUCGAAUUCGGAAGAACAAGGGCAAGUGGACGCGCGAAGAGCACGAGGCUUUCCUCAGCGGCCUAUGGCAACACGAGUCGAACAGCCACGCCUUGGUGCCGACACGUUCUGCACUUCAAAUCAGGACACAUGCCCAAAAGUACUUUGACAAGAUCGAAAGGGGGGAGAAGUUUCCCGCACAGCCGUACCCGAGCCAGUACGACGCGGCGUCGGGAAAGUCUUGCAUCGCCCGCGGGGCUUACGAAUACGGUGCCGUAAAUCAGCAGGAUCAAGAACAGCAGCAACCGCAGCAGCAGCUACAGCAAGAGCACCAGGUACAGCAAGAGCAGCAGCACGGUCCGCACACAAUGAUCUCCGACCCACCAGUGAAUUUCAUGCAACAACAACAACAGCAACAGCAGCAGUGGGAGCAUUGGAACAGGGAGCAAGAUGAGCUGGCCGCCUUCGCCAAGUGGGAUUUACUUUUCUGA